UUUGCUACAUUCGGACCCCAGCUCCACUAACGCGAGUGAAUAAAUAAUAAUUUCUUCUUUCCGGGCGCCGACGGAUGGUGCGUUUUGUAGUUGGCGACGUGUAUCCAGAAAAUUGGUGCCACAAGUUGGAAAUCGAAAAUGUCUCGUAAAUCAUUUUUAACCAUUACAAAAAUGACUGAAGAAACCGUGCCGGUAAAGAAAGCGCGCGGUCGCCCAAAGAAAAAUUUGACCAACAACGAAGAACAAAAACCGGCCAACAAACCGGCUACCAAACCGGCACCGCGUCCAGAACGUGAUGACUCGUCCGAUGAUCUCUCGGCAGAUGAGGCCGAGAGCAGCAACAGCACACCGCCGACCCCGGUUUCGACGGCCAAAAAGCGCAGCGCUGAGACUGCUGAAGCUGCCCCAACACCCAAGCGGGGCCGUGGCAGACCCCCAAAGCACAAGAAGAAAGGAGCGGUCGCUGUCAAAAAGACUAAAAAACCGGCCACUGGCCGUGGUAGAGGUCGCCCGCGCAAAAAUCCUUAGUACAAAACGGGACAAGAAGCUAAAAACACCGAUUUAUCGUAAUCGGCCAAACUGUAUUCCCGAGGAAGGACGUACCCUUUGGUCCCCCAAUCACCCCCACACCUACGAUAAUGGAAAUGACUCCCAUUUACCUAGGACAAUGUUGUGUUGUUUCUCUCCAAUUUCCUCAUCAAACUUCUACCACAUGAAGUUUCACCGAAGAAGAAGCGCCUUAAAUUCUAGCCCUCCCCCAUAAAGUUUUCAGCGAACAGUAUCAUUUAUUUUCUUGAGCGAGUUGCGAAACGGACCCUUCCUGAAGAAUGUCGCACAAGACUACGCGUUAUCCGGAUCAGCAGCUUUUGUGGAAGUAAUAAACGGUGAACGGGAAGAGCUCGGUCCUUGUCUAUGAUGCGCGCAGUAACGGUCUCUUAGGUAAGCAAUGAAGUGUACGCAAAACCCGGACCGAAUAGGAGUUAGUUGUGGUCGUGUUUGCGCGCAAGCAUUACUUUCACUCUCAAUUACCGUUCCAACAUCGGUCGCCUUUUCGGUAAUUGAGUUGUCGAAUCUACAACACCGCGGUAUCCGGGACAAGAUAUGCCAUUGAAUGAAUAAAUGUAAAACACUCUCU